AUGACCAUGAUGCGAAGCAUGAGAUCCAAAGUGUUGCUUUUGUUGGUAACUCUACAACUAUAUUCAUGUAAAUAUUCUACAGCAUUCUCCUUUUCUCUACAAAGUCCCCGAAAAUGCAGUCGAGCUGCAGCUGUUACUGCUUUGAAAAUGGCAAAUCCUAAUGAUGAUGACACAAGACCUGACGCCGAAGGCUCUGAUCUAGCAGCUGAGUUCUUCAAGAUGGCACAAGCCAAAGGCAUCAGCCUCGAUUCCUCGGACUACGUGGAAGAUGGUGGCGACGAAGACGAAGAAGAACCCAACAUUCCACAAGGGGCAAUCAACGCUUUUCUUGGAUACGAUACUGGUGAAGUUGGCGACAAGUUGGCUGGUAAUGUGAGCCUAACGGACGAUCAACUCUACAGCGAAGUCAAGGAGCGCGUAUUAGAUACUGCCGGUGGAUUUGUCGAGCUUGUUGGUGGUCCCAGGGAAGACGAGGAAGAUGAAGAUGAUUCGGCUCCAAAGGUUUACGAACCACCAUCAGUGGUUCCAGACGUCGAUCUUACAGCAGGAGAAGUUGUCUUGCUAAUACUUGAAGUACUGAAAAAUAAUGAUAAUCCAACUCCAAAUAAAGGCGUUGAAAUUCUAUUUGGAUAUAGUUCUUCCAGCUCUCAAAUUAUGAAUGAGGAAGGCCUCACACACAAGGAGUAUGCGGAUUUUUUGAAGGAGACUGAAUACAAGGUUCUUUUUGACCAUCAAGAAGUAAUGAUUGAUAAAGGAAAAUAUGCUUUUGAUGGAACGAAAGCAUUCUUGACAGCAAGACUCAGAGUCGGACCUGGGCCAAAGGACUUUACGUCCUGCAACUUUAUUUUGACUUCUGAGCGUCGCGAUAAGGAUGAGGAUGAAGCUUGGCUUGUCGAAAUCCCGCUGGAAUCUUUCAAAAUACCAAAAGCAAAUGCAAAAACUGGAGCGAUGAUAGCUGAGCAAGAAACUGACCUUGAAGAUUCUUCGGUUGGGCAUGUUGCGACUCGCGUCAGAGCAAAUAAAAAUAGUGCUAGUGCAGAAAAUCCUCGAUUGCGUAGUGGCGUUGAACGUGGAUUUGUUGAUCGAGAGCAUGAUCGUGAUACGAUAUCUGGAGUGCAUAGCAUCAAUCAAGCAGAUAGCUCUACUGAAACGAGAGGAAAUCGAUCGGCAAACCACGAGUCGAAUAAAAUUAGUAAUAAGGAACAGGAGACAUUCAAAAGCUGGUUGAGCGCAAGAAUAAUGGAUGGCUUGAAUACAGCUGCGGGCGCUACGUUGUCAACUACUGGUCAGCUAAUUGCACCUCCACUGCAUGUUACAAAGACAGUCAUACUUCCAAGUUUGUUGGGACUCUUAGUUGACAUUCUUGAUACAGUCGUACCACACAGAUUGAAGGACUGGUUUCGAAUUUUAAGUUCCAGCAUUCAUCAUCUUGUUUCUGUGAUAAGAUCAACCAAAGGCGGCAAACACUUUUCUUCCAGUUUCCUUAAUGUAAUGCAAGACAUUGCGUUGGUUACAAGUGCCCCGGAGACAAGAAAUAUGUUGAUUGAUACUAUGGCAUUUGGUGUCAAGUUCUUCAAUGCUUUGAACACACAAGAAGUUCAUAUAUUGAUAGACCAUGUUGCACUGCUAGCUUGUCGGAUGGUAGACUUGGCAGCCAGUGGGAAGACGAAGCAGCUUUUUCAUUCCACAAAGGGCGCAGUUCAAGAUGGCAUUGAAAUGGGAUCAGACCCAGCUGCUACGCUGGCCUUCGCUGAAGUCACUGCCCAUCUAUGCUAUGCGUUGGAGGACAUACACUUUUCAUUACAGCCAAAGAAUCGCCUUCAUAGAAAUGAUGAGAAUCGGGAAACCUAUUUGUCGCCCCUACAGGUGUCUGAUCUACCCAAUCAACCGACUGUUGAACAAGUUAUUCUGAGUUGUCUAGGUCGUGUGGACUGUUCAAUCAGACCCUCAGUACCAAAUGGUGCCGAACUGCCCCAACAAGGAGAAACAAACCAUGUAUCAAAUCUGAAAAAUAGAAGCGAGACUGUGGAUGUCGACUACCUACGAAGCAAUGUGUAUCCUGAUACAAGUGCUUCUGCCUUGUCACGUGAAGCUUCAGGAAACGAGGAUGUCGUAACCACCGAAGGGAUAUCAGAGGUACAGACAAAUGACAUCGAAGAUUUUGAGGACGGGGGCAAAUAUUGGCGACAAAGGAAUUCAAGAAAUUCUAUACAUGAUGCGGUGCACCAAACUAAUACAGACCCUCCCGUUCAACGGUUCUACAAAACUCUGGACACGUUCUUAGAGAAGAACAGGAGCAAAUAUAGCGGAAAACCUUUUGCAGCCUCCUUGUACAGUACAAUGGGACGAAGAAGAGACGAGGGAAAGCAAGCUCAGAUACUCCGAGCAAAAGUAGAAAAACUCAAAGGACAAAUGGAAUGCACUGCACAAGAAAGGCACAUAUCAGGCACUGAUCACUCGUCCUCAAAACAACCACGAAAGAUGUCUCUUCUUGGCUCUUUGUUCGUGCUCUCAUUUGCAAUGUUGUGGUUGGCCUUUGGCAUUUACGGAAUAUGUGCAUUCGUUGGAUCUCAUUUCUGGCAAAAGGGACACGGCAUUCGUAUUCCUGUACCAGAGCAAGGACAUGCACAACAUAACGAGAUCGUAUUUCGGAUUGUUCGUGAAGUGAGACACUUCAACGGUGGCGCGAAGGAGGCCAUGCAAAGCAGUUUUUCCACUGAUCAAGAAUUGCAGGUUCUGGCUGAAUGCAUCUCAUCAAUAGAAAAUUAG